AGAUCUGGCACAUGAUUGCAUCUGAAGCAAACCAAGAUUCCCUACUCAUAGAUCUUGAAAGUACUGAUUCUUUCUAACUAUAGUAUAAAGGGGUCAAAUUGCACUCAUUGUUUUUAGCUCUCAAACUUAUCAACUAGAUCAGAUCUGAAUCUCUCUGUACCACUCAUUGCCUUCUUGGGAAAGAUGUCAACGUUCUUGAUAAGGAUACUUCUUCCUUUGCUAGUCAUAGCAAUGACAUUUCCGCAAUUUUCAGAGGCAGAGUCGGAACAAUGGUGCAUAGCGGAUGAACAAACGCCAGACGAUGAGUUGCAGGCAGCCCUAUCGUGGGCAUGCGGUAGCGGUGGAGCUGACUGCAGCAAAAUGCAGCAGGAGAACCAGCCAUGCUUUUUGCCCAACACAAUCAGGGAUCAUGCCUCCUUUGCCUUUAAUAGUUAUUACCAAACUUAUAAGCACAAAGGUGGUUCUUGUUACUUCAAAGGUGCUGCCAUGAUCACUGAGCUUGACCCCAGUCAUGGUUCUUGCCACUAUGAGUAUAACCCCUGAUUCAAAUGAUACAACAAGAUGAGAAGCUAUAAUUUUGCAUUUAUACAUUUUCCCUAUGUAAUGUGUUUCCCUUGGAAACUGUUCUCUCAUUACUCUUACCUUUGAUAAAAUUUCUUCAAUACAACAUGCUUUCUAUUGUGCA